AGCUAAGUAUUCAAUACAUCAGUCCAACGCCACACGUCUAAGAGUUUGCUCGUUCAACAAUCUCUGAUACAAUGAAGUCUGUUUACAUUUUGUUAGUAGUUCUCGCGUCGUGUAUGUACGUCGGUUACUGUAAGGACCUCAUCGUGGGAACAAGUUUUAACAACAGAUUGAUAUGGCAACAGAAAGCCGAGUACAACAGCAUCCCGUUAAAGAAGAGGGUCAAGGAGGUCUUUUUCUCUGAUCCCGGACAACAGAUUAUCAAGGGUGUGAUUGCGAGGGACCUCGAUCAUACGGACGCCCUAGCGUCAAUCACCGCCGGCGGCAUCGGCCUACCCUAUGUCAACAUCAAACUGAAGAGCGAGAGAGGAUCUGGCUUGAACUACCAAUUAGAAGUCUACGUCUAGCCGAAAACUUCGAUAAAACGGAGUGAUUACUAACCGUCUUAUGCAAUAGAUACCGUUUAAAAUCAAUAGGUCACUCUUAUAUUAUGUCUUUAAUUUUUAAGUUACAUGCUCACCUAUAAGUUUGCUUACAAUUAUACUUUCUCCUGAUAUUAAGAGCCCACUGCCUUCCACUGUCUACGUCACAAUGUUCGUUAGAUAGAAGUAAUUAUUACACUUUAAAUAUUUAUCAUUGACUUGAUUUACUUUGAUCUUCUGACUUCUACGAGAUAGUGGAAUGACAUACAAGUUUUUACAUAAAUUUUAAUUUUUAAGUCACAGACAAGAAUUUCCUUAAUAGAUGAUUAUUACACAUUAUUUAAGAAAUAUCUACUAUGAAAUAUUGUAAAUAUAAUAAGAUGUAAACCGUUUACAUAAAAAAAAAUGUUAUACCUAAUAUAAUGUUCAAACAUUAUAUCAGGUACAAAGAUAUUUCAGAUAAAUUAAGAAUCAUUACAAAAAUAAUAAAUGAUUUACAAAAAAUU